UUUGUUAUGGCUGUCCGGAGUGAACACAACCAAGCUUACAUCGAUAACUAGAGCAUUGUUUAAAGCAGUGUUCGGCUGUUACUACGUGAUCUUGUCAGAAUGUCAGAGAAGAGUCUCAUGGGAGAAGAUAAAGAGAUGCUGCGGAGGCGACUCGCGCUGCUGCAAAGAGAGUACGAGAGGACGGCGCGAAGACUACAGCGUGCAGAGCGGCGGGAGGCUGUACGCCGGCAUGUGCAAAACAGAAUCUCUGGCCACAACGUAUCCGGCGGAUCUGAGCCAAGCCCAGCCCCGUCCACUGUGUCAGAGUCAGACCUGCUCUCUAAUCAGACCCUGCUCUCGGAAACAACUAAGAAAAUCCCUCAGGUACAGUUCCUCCUCUCUGAGGGGGUGGGCGGGUCUCCUUGCCCCAGCCCUACAGGCCACCUCAGCCCCACUCUCCGCCUGCGCUCCAGGCGCAGUCGUCUACGUCUGCAGACCAAGGAGAGGGAAUCCGACACGGACAACAGCCAAGGGAGGCCGAGAGAGGGAGCUGGGCAUGGAGAGGGAGUGAAGGAGAGGCACGAGAACGAUGGGGUGUUGGGACAUGACGAGAGGUCAGCACAGGUUGGUGAGCAAGCCGAAGGGCAGGAGAGCAGCUUGGAGACGAAAUGCGUUGACGAGAAAGAAAACGGAGGCGAUGCCACAGGGCAGAGGGAAGAGGCAAAGACCCGGAACGGAUGGAAAGAGGAUGGGGGCAAUGGGAAGACGAGUGAUGAAAUGCCCAGAAGUGUCUUGAGGGAUGUUUUGAGAGGAAGUGAAAGUAACUCUGCUAUGGUUCUCCAGAAAAGUGCAGAGGAACAGACAACUCUUCAGGAAGCAUCAGAGGAAUUUUCAGUUAACCAGUCAGCUGCAGAAAUCUUUCCAAAUGAUCAGUCAGAAACUAAGAUCUCUCCCACUGUCCAAUUAGCAGACAGCAGUUCUUGGUCAUUCUCAUCUGUCCCUGACCAGUUGAUGCAGACACAAUCUGACCAAUCAACUGGUGUUUCUAACCAGCCUGAUGAGGGACUGACUCAGUCUAAUCAUUUACAGACAGUCAUAGAAGAAACAGUUGGUGUUGCAGAUGACGAUGAUUGUGAGGGCAGUGUGACUAUCCCGUGUUCCUCUGGAAAGGCCAGAUUUUUAGAUUCCUGCACGUUAAUUGAUGGAUUGCCUUUUCCGGUAGAGUAUUACAUUCGUACAACCAGGCGUAUGGCUACAGCUCACAGCUCCAUAGAUCUCGACGCAGUCAUUCACAGCCAACUCACAAGAGGAAGGGGCAGGCGAAGGUCAGGCCUACCGCGAACCCGAAGAGGAGGACACGCAACCUCUGAGGCCUCCCAGCCAAGCGGCAAACCACUCAACCAGCCCAGAAACAGAGGACGUGGUCGUAGAAGGCAGAGAGGAUGCAGACGAACACGAGCAGUGGGCACAACAAGGUCUCCUACAGGUUUAUGCGUAGCAGUUCAUUCCCAAGUAGAGCCAUCCACACAAUGUCACUCUCUUCAAGAAUUAGAUUCAGCUACUCAAUCUGAAUGCCUCCUCCAAUCACAGUCUUCCCUGUUAGUGGAGCCCCUCCCACGGGCGAGACUAACACCUCAGUCAGCAGCAGCCUCAUCACCUAGGCCGAGCUCGAGUACAGAGCAAGCGGUUGCAGAAGAUUUUAAGCAUCUUUCAGAUUCUCAGCUUUACCUGGACUGUAAAAGUGUGGAGAAUUCUGAAGUGUACCCAGUCUUCAGGAGGAGGUGUGGCCAAGCAGAAAGAGCCGUAUUGCGUUCUCAAUCGGCGGCGAGCACAAAUGAUUGCACACCUCUCCUGCCUUCGUUGGCUUCCCUUGCUCAGGCUUUGAAGAAGAAGGAUGUUCGGAACCUUGGCCAUCUGCUAACGGCCUUUGACCUCCAGGACUUCCACCUGCCAGACGAUGUGUUUGGCCAGCUGAAGCUGGAGCGACUCCGUCUGUCCUGCGUGAGCAUGGAACCUCCAGUUUCGCAUCACACAGAGCUUGAUGCGGGCCGUGGCAACAGUUGCCCUGGCAUCACACGCUAUGACCUUAGGAGCCGUAUCAAUGGCAACCAUUUGGAAGUCCGGCCCCUGGAGAGGGAAUGUUUUGUGUCAGAGCCUCUGCCACCUAGUGCCUCCUUUGAAGGCACCUUUCCUCUGAGCCAGAAUACGGACCAAUCAGAAAAGCUCACUGAGCCUAUGAACCAAUUACAUUCUAAGACUGUUGGUCAGACUGUAAGCACCAAACAUGAAGGGCAUGACAAAGGACCUGAAGACUAUGUACAACUAAGCGACACUCACCAAUUACAUGAAUGUGCUGCAAACAGACAUCAGUCACAGACAUCUGCCACAGACUUGCCCGAUUUAAAAACCCCAGAUGCUGCAGACACGCAAACGCCUGUGAACAAUAAAAGCGAGGUUUUGGGCCAAGGAGCUGGCCAGAAGACUGAUGAAGCACCCAUGUUUCAGACGGUGCAAAAUGUAUGUCGGCCCAAUGAAACUCGCGAGCUAUCAGAUGAGCGCUUCCUCUCCCUAGUGAUGCCUACCCUCAGCUUUCCCCUGACGACGCAUUCGCAGCGCGGUCCUGACUCUUCUCUCCCUUCUGUGGGUGUUACCCCUCAUGCUUCGUCCCCUUCUUCACAUCCAGUCGUCGUUCCUCUUCUAUCCUCUCCCUCCAGCCAGAGCAUUGCCUGGUGUCCUUCCCAGCCAGUCGUUCGGGAACCUGUCCCAGUUGCUGCACCAUGGAUGGUGGCGGUCGAGAGCCGCACACCAAGGGACACUCGGGUUGCGGGCCAAACAAUGGUGCAAGGUCGGAUUCCAGCUAAGGCUGGAAGAGGGAGGCAAGAAGAAGGUACACGACUGGAACCUGAGCCUGUAGAAUGUGUUGAACUGGUGGCAGAUGUUAGGAGAAGACCCGGAACAGGGAGGCAGGCUCAGGACGCUUCAGAAAUUUGUGACAAACACGAUCACACAGAGGACACUUUUAUGAUGGAUACUCUUCCGCAAGAUAUCGACCAGUCUGAGAACAGUUUUCUAAACAUUUCUGAACAUGAGAUUUGUCCCCAAAUUAUGAGUGAGGCUCCACCACUGACUGAACCCCAGACUGGAGUCCAGAUGCACAGCAAAGCCUUGUCUCCACCCUGUUCUCUGGCCAUAGACAUUGAAAGUGGCAGUAACACAAAACUCAGUAUCACCAGUGAACCAGUCUUUUCAUGUGGCUUGGCCAACCAGAGAGCAGAUGGGGCUGGAUUAGCUCCUAAAAGAUCUGAGAUCACUCAAACAGAUGCAAAACGCUCUCUGGAACCCAUGAAGAACCCUGCUCACCUGGCUAAGGCUGCUGCCCAGAAACAGCUCACAGAAACCACAUGUCACAAUGCCCUUUCCUGUGGCUCCCUUGAGAAGACCCAUACUUUUAAGGCGCUGGAGACGGGGUGUGUUUUGGAUGUGUGUUUGGUACGAUGGCCAUCCGAGAUGUGGUGUGUGUGUGUAGCUGGGGAGUGGAGUGUAUGUGUUUGGGCUCAGAAGGUCCGAAUCCAGCAGUGGGAUCUUCUACAUACUUGGACAUUUGCACAGUCGGUCAUUUCCCUUCAAGAGGUUCCAGAUUCAGCCGGAUUGCUAUGUGUGUCAUUGGGGAAGCUGGACAUCACAGAAGCGAGGAUACUCUGCUGUCCCAGUAUGAAUGUGCAGUUCUCUCAGGUGGACUUGUAUAAAGGUGCCUUGCAGGCAGUGUUAGCUGUGUCUGACUGUAGGUUGGUGUGCUGCUCUGUUCCUGGAGCCCACCAGAAAGCCACCGUGUUCACACUGGCUCAGGAUGGCAGAGUGGCAGAUACUCUUCCUCUGGUCUCCACCAAUCAAAGCAUUCAGAGUUUGGCAGCAGUGGAAGGGGAGAAAGAUGCUCUGAUUGGGUGGACUGAUUCCAAGACCCUCCUUAUAUGGAACAUGAAAUCAGGCCAGCUGCUUCAGACCAUACGGUUGGGUGAGAGUCUGUCCACGACAACCUGUCUGAGGGGAUAUUCCUAUCGGGGUGCGCUGUGUGUGCUGCUUCAGAGCGCCAGUGCGUGCUGUAGGAGCGACGGAUCUGCUCCCUUCAUGCUCGUUGCCACGAACCCACUCACGGGCAAGCACCUCCCGUUGUCUCCCAUCUCCUGCCCAGCUACUCCCUCUGCGAGGUUGCUAGAUGGUGAUGUUUGUGAAUCGAAUCUUGUGGGUGUUUUCCAGUCAGGCCAUUUGGCCGUCUGGGAUCUCAGAGGGGGUGUGGCCAGUGUCUUCGAAGAUGGAGUAGCAGAAUUGUGUCGACUAGCGCGAUGGGCGGGGCCAAACAUUCUCCUCACUGGAUGUCUAAGUGGAGACAUUAAUCUCUAUCAGUAUAAACCCCCAGAAACUAGAGCCAGAUGUCCAUAAUGAAUCUUAACCUUUUUGAGUUCAGUAUAUUUAUUAUUUAAUUAACUUAUGCAUAUUAACAUUUAAGUGAAAUUAAAAUAAAAUAGAUAACGGUUAGAACCCACUGUAUGUCCUUGUUGGUGGCUGUGAAGAGGCUAGCAUAUAAAUUAAACUUAAAUCCUUCCACCAAUAAUUUUAUGCAAGACCCUUUCUGUUAUAUCUUUAAAAGAAAAGAAGAAACUUAAACUUGUUAUGUUCUAUAUUUGUUAGAUGCAGUUAAACUAACUGCAAUAAGUUUGUUUUUAUU